CUCUUGGUGAAUAAUCACAUCCAGCCUGGUGAACCCUGAUCAAAAUGUUUUCUUACUGAUUCCUCGUUCUAAUUUCAGCUCCAAGAAAAUCAGGACGAAAUUGAGAACAUGAUGAAUGCAAUAUUCAAGGGUGUGUUUGUACACAGAUAUCGUGAUGCCAUAGCUGAGAUCAGAGCGAUCACUAUAGAGGAGAUAGGAAUGUGGAUGAAGCUCUACAGUGACGCCUUCCUCAACGACAGCUACCUGAAAUACGUAGGCUGGACCAUGCAUGACAAGCAAGGCGAGGUGCGUCUGAAAUGUUUGACAGCGCUGCAGGGUCUCUACUACAACAGAGAACUGAACACCAGACUGGAGCUGUUCACCAGCCGCUUCAAGGACCGCAUCGUCUCCAUGACUUUAGACAAGGAGUACGAUGUCGCAGUACAAGCAAUUAAACUGCUCACUCUGGUACUACAUAGUACAGAUGAGGUACUGAGCCCGGAGGACUGUGAGAGCGUCUAUCACCUGGUCUACUCCGCCCACCGACCGGUCGCCAUAGCAGCCGGGGAGUUCCUCUUCAAGAAACUGUUCAGUACACGGGAGCCGGAAGAGGAGGGCGCCCCCAAGAGGAGAGGAAGACAAAGCCCCAACGCCAACCUCAUCAAAACUACUGUUUUCUUCUUCCUGGAGAGCGAGCUCCAUGAGCACGCUGCGUACCUGGUGGACUCUCUGUGGGAGAGUGGAGCAGACCUGUUGAAGGACUGGGAGUGUAUGACCAGCCUGCUACUGGAUGACCCUGUGCCAGGGGAGGAAGCCCUGACAGACAGACAGGAGACGGCUCUCAUAGAGAUAAUGCUGUGUACGGUGCGCCAGGCUGCAGAGUGCCACCCGCCCGUAGGCCGCGGAACCGGGAAGAGGGUGAUGACAGCGAAGGAGAAGAAGACCCAGCUAGAUGACAGGACCAGGAUGACAGAGCUGUUUGCUGUGGCAUUGCCUCCUCUGCUGGCCAAAUACUCCAUAGAUUCAGAAAAGGUGACCAACCUGCUGCAGCUCCCUCAGUUCUUUGACCUGGAUAUCUACACCACAGGACGACUAGAGAAGCACUUGGAGGCGUUGCUGCGUCAGAUCAGGGAGAUCGUGGAGAAACACACAGACACAGAGGUUCUGGAGGCGUGCUCGAAGACCUACCACGCUCUCUGCAACGAGGAGUUCACCAUCUUUAACAGAGUGGACAUCGCCAGGUCACAGCUGCUCGAUGAACUGGUGGACAAAUUCAACAGACUGCUGGAAGACUUCUUACAAGAGGGUGAAGAGCCUGAUGAUGAUGAUGCCUACCAGGUCCUGUCUACUCUCAAGAGAAUCACGGCCUUCCACAAUGCCCAUGACCUGUCCCAGUGGGAUCUGUUCAGCAGUAACUUCAAGUUGCUCAACACGGGCAUUGAGAACGGAGACAUGCCAGAGCAGAUAGUGGUCCAUGCCCUACAGUGUACCCACUACGUUGUCCUGUGGUACUUGGCCAAGGUCUCAGAGGGCAGCCACAGAAAGGAGGACAUGGUGAGCCUGAGGAAACAGAUGCGGAUGUUCUGUCUGAUGUGUCAACGUUACCUCACCAACGUCAACACAACCGUCAAGGAACAGGCGUUCACCAUCCUGUGUGAUGUGUUGCUGGUCUUUAGUCAUCAGAUGGUAUCGGGAGGCAGAGAGCAGCUGGAGCCGCUGGUCUACAGUCCUGAUGACUCGUUACAGACAGAGCUACUAUCCUUCAUACUGCACCAUGUGUUUAUAGACCAGGACGAUGACAACGGCAGCACAGAUGGCCAGCAGGAUGACGAGGCAGCGAAGAUAGAAGCUCUUCACAAGAGACGUAACCUCCUGGCUGCCUACUGUAAACUUAUCAUCUAUAACGUAGUAGAGAUGAACACUGGAGCUGACAUCUUUAAACAGUACAUGAGGUAUUAUAAUGACUAUGGUGACAUCAUCAAGGAGACCAUGUCUAAGACCAGACAGAUAGACAAGAUCCAAUGUGCCAAGACACUCAUCCUCAGUCUACAACAGUUGUUCCAUGAGAUGAUGUCAGAGUUGGGGACAGGAUUUGACCGCUCGUCCUCAGCGUUCUGUGGGAUCAAGGAGCUGGCCAGACGUUUCUCUCUCACCUUUGGUCUGGACCAGGUGAAAACACGAGAUGCUAUCGCCAUGCUGCACAAGGAUGGUAUAGAGUUUGCGUUUAAGGAGCCCAGUCCCCAGGGAGAAGGAAACCCUCCUCUUCACCUGGCCUUCCUAGACAUCCUCUCUGAGUUUUCCUCCAAACUAAUGAGGCAGGACAAGAGGACUGUUCACAUGUAUCUGGAGAGGUUCAUGACCUUCCAGAUGGCCCUCCAGAGAGACGACUGCUGGCUACCGCUCAUCUCCUACAGGAACUCCCUGCAGGCCGGCGGGGACGACGACACCAUGUCGGUUGUCUCCGGCUACUCCUCCAGAGGGUCGUCGGUCAGAUCCAAGAAGACCAAGGCUGCUACUCCCACUGCUGCCGUCGCUGCAGCCAAGAGGAAACUCCCUGAAGCGGAGGAGAGCAGCAGCAGUAGUACAGAUGUGUUGUGGCAGCACCAGAGCAUGCAGACGCCCGUGAUGAUGCCCUCCCCCCACCUCACCUCUACCAUGAUGAGAGGACCAGGGGACAUGAGGGGGGAGGCCAAACGGGGGAGAGACGACAGCUAUAUAGGAGUGUACGCCCUCCCUUCAGACUCCCAGCAGCAGCCACACCCUCACACACUCCCCCAAACCCCUCAACUCCACCAGACACCCAUCGACUACAAUACCCAGGUGACGUGGAUGCUGGCUCAGAGGCAGCAGGAGGAGGUUCGUCAGCAGCAGGAGAGGGCCAUGAACUACGCCAAGCUCAGGACCAACCUGCAACAGGCCAUUCGGCGUGGUACAGGGCUGAUGGAAGAGGAUGAGGAGCCUAUCGUAGAGGACGUGAUGAUGUCAUCAGAGGGUCGUAUGGAAGACCUCAACGAGGGCAUGGACUUUGACACCAUGGACAUCGACCUGCCCCCCUCUAAGAACAGGAGAGAGAGAUCAGAGCUGAAACCAGACUACUUUGACCCUGGUUCCAUCAUGGAUGAGUCUGUCCUUGGAGUGUCCAUGUUUUAAACUGGUAUUUGUCGACAGAGGAGAGGCGUACCCUAUUUAUGGAGACGUUAAGCUGCAGAUCAGAAGUGUUCUCUGGUUUAUCCUCCAUGGUCUAACGCACAGUGUUGCUCGCUCAGAGGGGACUGAAUGAAAACAAAAUGCUUUUUCUAAUCCUUGGGUAAGCUGUCACCUUACAGUUAGUGACCAACCAGUUCCAAACCCAGAACAAUCCUCCACGCGCUUCGUCUGAAGGAAGUUCUAUAGUUCUAUAGCUCUAUAGUUCUUCAGUUCUACAAGGUUUUAUUUUUCUUCCAACAGGAGAUGGAAUGAGUUGUAAGAUGUCCUCUAACAUGUCUUCUAACCCUCUCUAUGCUAGUAUAGUGAGUAACCCGGCGCGGUGUAGUCAUUUAGACACAGAUUGUUAGAAGGAAAGGUAGCUAGCUGUGGUAGAAGUGGACGGACAUGGUCUUUAUGCUAGUUUCAGUUUUUUUCCUUUCUCCCAUGUUGGACUGUCAGUAGAAUCUGUUGGUUCUGUGGUUGUGAUGACGACGACUGCUGGUGGUUGUUGGUGACCUGUUGAAUAGAUCAGCUGUGAGAGUCAUGGAUGUAGCAACACGCAUCCAGACGUUUUCCAAGUGCAGAGUAGAAAUAGCGCCACACUGUCGUACAUCCUUCAGUGUAGUUUCUGUCAACGUUUGGACCAGAGGGUCUGUCCGUCAUAUCCAACUGUGUGUGUGGGUAGUGUUUCUAUUCCGUGGUUGUUGAAUACAGUCUGAGGACCCCGGUAGUUGCUGUGAAGAGGCCCAGGGUGCGUCUCAAAAGUAGUGCACUAUAUAGGGAAUAGGGCUCUGGUCUAAAGUAGUGCACUAUAUAGGGAAUAGGGCUCUGGUCUAAAGUAGUGCACUAUAUAGGGAAUAGGGCUCUGGUCUAAAGUAGUGCACUAUAUAGGGAAUAGGGCUCUGGUCUAAAGUAGUGCACUAUAUAUAGGGAAUAGGGUGCCAUUUGGGACGAAGACCCAGUGUUUAACAAGGAACUAGGCUGCCGCACAAGUCCUGAAGCUUACCCAAAGAUUUGGAUCCUUCUCCCUAUCUGAAGAGACUACUCUCCCGACGGACAGCGAGGUGAUCCUCUCUCUGGUAGUGCCACCACUGUGUUGACUCAGAGACAAGCAAGCAGCAUGUUAAUAGACAGAAAAUCCAGCAUAUUUAGUGUUGAAAUGGCUAUCUCUAAAUUUUAAAUAAAGUUAUAUAUGAAUCGGUGCUGAUUUUAUAACUGUGCUUUUUUUAAAUUAAAAUGUUCAACAUAAGUUAAGGUUUCAUAAAUGUGUAAAACUGUUUAAAAUGGAAAGCAUGUGUCGUCAUGCGGCGAUGAAGAUUUUUACAUUUGUAUUUUUGUUUUUCUUUGUCUUAAUGUUUUGGGGUUUCUACCUCUUGUUUUUCCUACGUGUAAAUUAGUUUGGAUAAGACUCAUUAUGAAAAAAAUAAAUGUGACUUGUGAAAUAUCA